UUUUAGCGCGUUGCUGGUGGAGGGUGCGCUGCGUGCCUACUGGCUACUUCCUUUCGUGUUCGAUAGAUGUUAGGAUAUUUACUUUUGUGUUGCCGGGUCCAGCUGCUCACUUACUGAAUAACACUCAGAAUUCGAUUGUCGUGACAAGCUGCAGAAUGAGCAUGGAAAGCGAAGAUGACUUGCGGGAAUGUUGAGCUGGAUGGAUUGCUAGCGGCCCGCUCAGUAUAUUUACAUCAUUCUUCUUUGAACAAUGAUGUCUUAGUUAUCACCAGGUGCCAAAUUUAGCUCAAUUUAAAAUAUUGGGAUUGAUGCUAUUUUUGUAAGUGUAUUUGUGCUCAAGUUGUCAUUGAUUUUGGCAAACAUGAUGCUGCGAAACAAGUUGAGACAAAUCAAGGGAGGAUGUGCUGAUUGUGGAUCACCUGAGCCCAGCUGGGCGUCGGUGAACCGUGGUAUCCUGCUGUGCGACGACUGCUGCAGCGUGCACCGCAGUCUGGGCCGUCACAUCUCGCAGGUCAAGUCGCUGAAGCGGGGCUUCUGGAACGCCCAGCAGCUGAAGAUGGUGCACAAUCUGGCGGCCAGCGGCGCCAACAACAUCUGGGAGCACUCGCUGCUGGACCCGUCGCACGGCAAGCUCGGCCGCCGGAAGCCGGCGCCCGCCGACCCCGUGCACCCGAAUAAGGCCAAGUUUGUACGGGACAAGCACCAGAUGCUGGCGUUCGUUUACCGGCCGGGCAAGGACGACCGCCAGCUGGCCGAGGGCGACACCAGCCUGCAGCUUCACUCCAGCGUCCGCACGCCCAACACGGAAACGAGCCUGCGCCUGCUCUCGCUCGGCGCCAACCCCAACUACUGGCACCCGGAGCGGGGCACGGGCCCACUGCACGUGGCGGCGCGGGCCGGCCAGGCGCUGCAGGCCGAGCUGCUGAUGGUGUACGGCGCCGACCCGUCGCGGCCGGACCGGGCCGGCCGCACACCCAUCCAGCACGCCAGGGAGGCCGGCUUCGUCGAGCUGAGCCGCCGACUGGAGGAGUGCCAGUACGAGCUGACCGACCGGCUGGCGUACUUCCUGACGGGCCGGCGGCCGGAGCACGCCGCCGGGCAGCACUUCGUCGUGCCGCCGCCGCUGGGGCCCGACGCCGAGCCGCUGCGCAACGCUCGGCGCAAGCUGCAGGCGCUGCCGAGCCGGCUGCUCUCGGAGCUGGCGGCCGACGUGUACGACGAGGUGGACCGGCGGGAGACGGACGCCCUCUGGGUGGCGCAGCACCCGGCCGCCACCAGCGGGCCCGGCUCCGUGCCCUUCCUGCCCGUCAACCCCGAGUUCUCGUCGACGCGCAACCAGGGCCGCCAGAAGCUGGCGCGCUUCUCGCCGCCCGAGUUCCGCGCGCUGAUCGUCGACGUGCUGCAGGAGGCGCGCCGCCGCCAGCUGGGCCCGGCGGCGGCAGCGGCCGCGGCGGCCGCCGAUGGCUCGGACGACGAGCCCCUCUACGACUCGGUGGCGUCCGAAGAGGACUACGCGCCCGUCGAGCAGCAGGAGCGACUCGAGCGAGCUCAGCAGGUGUUGGCUGAGCAGCGGCAGCCCACGCUGGCCGAGAGCCUCGACAACGACGACUCAGGAGAGCAGCAAACCAAAGACGGCAGCAGCAGCAGCUUGGAGGGCAACGUCCACCGCCGGGCGUCAGAUGGCAGCAGCGGCGGUGAGCGGCCGGCACCCGCCGGCGACGACCACCUGCGCGAGUCCAACCUGGUGCUGCAGGAGUCCAACGACGAGAUGCGACGCGAGAUUGACCUGCUGCGGGACAUGGUGACCUCCCUCUUCCAAGAGAAGAUGAGCAUACCGGACGGUACCACGGACGAACAAGUGCAGCGUCUGACCAGUGAGAACUCGGCGCUGCGGGCGAACAGCGCCGGGGCGGCGGCGGCGGCGCCGGCCGGCACGCCGCCGCUGCCGCCGUCCGGCCGGCACGGCCAGCGGCCGGUCAGCAUGUUCGAGACGCGCGACCGGCCUGCGCAGCCGCCCACCUGGUGUCUGGAGCGGAAGCACUCGGCGGGCGAGCGUGACAGCGUGUCGGGCUCGCCGCCGCCCGAGUCGCCGUCGGCGCGCAGCGGCUCGCGCUCGCUGCCGCACGAGAGCGCCGCACUGCGCAGCGGCUCGCGCUCGCUGCCGCUGCCGGGCGGCGCGCCGGCCGCAGCGCCGCCCAAGCCCGAGGUGGUCAUACGCAAGACGGAGCAGGUGACGCGGCGCAUCCAGCGGCUUCUGACGGCCGCGCAGGCCGGUCGCACCGAACAGUACAACGCCUGCAUCGACCGCAUCUACUCGGCCGUGCUCGACAUGGUCUCCGUGUUCCCUCAGUCGGGCUGUGACGAGCGGGCGCUGGAGUCGGUGCAGCUGCUCAGCACCUCGGCCUGGCGGCUGCAGCACGAGGCGGCCAACCUGCUGGCCUCCACGCCGUGCCCCUCGGCCAGCGACGCGCGCGCCAUCACUCAGCAGGUCAUCCAGAUGGCCUUCGAGGUGGCCAAGGGCGCCAAGCAGCUGGUCAUGAUCUACCAAUGACCGCCGAGGGGGGAAGCGGCCGCGCAGCCGCCGCUGCCGCCGCUGCCGCCGCCGCCGCCUGCGGAGGGACAGCUGACGUGCCGGAGCGCUCCCCGGAGCCGCCUGCUUGCCGCCCCGGCCACCCGGCCGCGUUCUAGACUGCACAGCCGCGCUCCCCGCGCCACCGCGCGUCCGCCCCGCGAGAUUCUGUGUACUGUACCGAACGACUGCCUCUCUACGGUGACGCCCGUAGAGGCCAGCGCCACCGCCAAAUCGUAUUUAUCGUCCGUGCCUUAACGUCGUCGAUUGUUGUCCGUGGCGCUCGUGCGUCGUGCCCUGCCUCCGUCGGUCACCCGCGGGACGUCACCGAUGGUCCCCACUGUCAGAGAAACGGAGCUGUAACGCCGUGGAUUAUCUGUAUGUAGCUAGCGUGUAAACUGGUAGCUUGCAGACAGCUGUUGCUGGUUUCCCAGAUAAUUUUGCUAACGAUUUUGAUAGUGUACCGAUCUUGAUGUUCGCUCUCGUCGCGUGGUUAAUUCGCAGCUAGACUGAACUGUUGAUAGAUAGGGAGAAUGUAUUUUAAUAAAUUAUUUAACUGGUCGCCGUGUUUUUAAGCUGCGAAGCAAUCAACGUAUCUAAAAGGUAGCUCUCUGUCAAUAUCUGGUGGUAACCGAGCAUGAUGUAGUCGCCAUCUGUCCCGUUAUUGGAUGCCAGCAUGUCAAUAAAAACGCAAAUAAAUGUAUUCGUGA